AUGACAUGUGAGGGCGAAAAGUUACUGACAAAACGGAGUGUUUCCGCUGAGCUGGACAAAACGAACUCUACCGGCCGAUAUGUUGGGCGUAAUGGAGUCGACACCUCUACAUUAAGGAAGAGGAAAGAUAUUAGCGAACCAAACUGGUUAAGUGGAGCAGUGGGGGAGUACAUCGAGGACUGUCCCAGUUGCCCAAGAAAGGCGAGGCAGUCCGCUAACCAGAUAGCUACCUCUGGAGAGCUACCUCGAGGUUCUGACGGAUGGUGGGUGGUGGAUGUCCUUUGUCAGCCGAUGAACGGGGUAUCGCUCUGCGGCCAUCCAUUCAACCAGUCACGCAGGAGUGGCGUCCUAUGA